CAUUCUCUGCCGCUGGAUCUGCAAGACAAACACUAUAACCAGGCACAAUGAACCAGAAGGUGGUACUCAUCACAGGCUGCUCCUCUGGGAUUGGCCUUGCCUUGGCUACCCGCAUCGCAAAAGAUGAGAAGAAGAGGUUCAUGGUCUACGCCACCAUGAGGAACCUGAGUAAGGGUGAGGCGCUGGUUGAGGCAGCAGGUCGGACUCUGGGCAGGACCAUGGAGAUCAAACAGCUGGACGUAUGUAACGAGGACUCCAUCAAAGCCUGUGUGGACAGCCUGCCUGAGCGCAGGGUGGACAUUCUCAUAAGUAAUGCUGGGAUGGGUAUGAUUGGACCAAUCGAGUGUCAGUCAAUUGAUGAGAUGAGGUCUGUCAUGGAUACCAACUUCUUUGGGCUCGUGCGGUUGCUGAAGGAAAUCCUUCCUGACAUGAAGAGGAGGAAAAAAGGCCAUAUUGUGGUCAUUAGCAGUGUCAUGGGUAUUCAGGGAAUUCUAUUCAAUGACAUCUAUGCAGCCUCGAAGUUUGCAGUGGAAGGCUUUUGUGAAAGCUUGGCAGUACAAGCCCUGAGAUUUAAUCUCAAUAUCAGCCUGAUAGAGCCAGGUCCAGUGAUAACAGAGUUUGAGCGUAAGGUCUAUGAUGAGGGCUUGAAAACAGAUCUCAGCAAAGCUGACAAAGUGACUGCUGACAUGUUCACAAACAUUUACUUGAAGAACUACAAACAAAUCUUUGAAACCCUUGGGCAGUCUGCAGACGAUGUAGCAGAGCACACAUUCAAGAUCAUCACCAUGGAGAAUCCGCCUUUUCGUCAUCAGACCAACACUCUUUACACACCUAUGACCACACUCAAAUACGCUGACCCCAAUGGCGACCUCCCAAUCGACACGUUUUACAAAAUGGUGUUUGAACAUGACAAAGUCUUCAACGCCAGUCUGAACUUCCUCAAACUUCUGCGCUGGAGAAGUCGGAAAAGUUUUACCUUGGAAAAGGACAAGAACAAAGACUAACAGAGAGUCCAUGUCUCAUCCUUCUUAUUUUUGUGAGAUACAUUCAUCCAUGCAUGGUUUCCUGUAAUUUUCCUUUACUUUAUUUUCAGCUGUAAGACUUCUUUGUGAUGAAAUGCUGAAACACAUUUAAAAAACUGCAAAGCAACAACUAAC